UGAAAAUUUCCAACAUGGCUGCAGUGCUGGCGGUGAAUGGUUGUGCAGAAGUAGAAAACUUGCUACAAUUUUGCAAUAUUUCGAAAGAAAGGAUUCGUGUGGAAGAGCAAAAAGAGUUCACCUCACCUAAGGUAGGGAAUUAUUGAGUUAUUGUCUAAGGAAAAAUUAAUUUUGUUAGGUAGGCAGUAUUUCCUUUAUAUUAAAAUUUCAUGGCGCGUGAUUGAAACUUGGGGCGAUUUAGCCAGUUGCGGAUUUAUUGUUUCUCAUCCACUAAGCUUUGUGUUACUCCUUUGACUUACAAAUAUAAUAACGAGUAACAAAGAUUACAAAACAAGUGGAGGGGGAGGGAGGGGGUGUGCUGCGACUGGAUUGGGCUUGGAUUUGAAUUAGCUAUACCAGCAGUUAUAUUUUUUUUGGAAAAUCUGGUAUAUCCAAUAGAUCUGUCCCAUGCAGAUGAUGAAGGUCAAUUCCUCUCAAUAUAACGAGUGGUAAUGGGUCUUUCCGUUGUUACAGUCCAAUUCAGUCUGUAAUCAUAUGGGUUAUUAACGAUAUCAGACUAACACAAGGUAGGAGUCUGAUUUGAUAAUUAAAAGUAUGAUUAGAGACAAAAUUGUACAACAAAAAGUUCUUUUACCAAUUAAUCAAAACUAUGACAAAAUCUGAGAGAUAAACUAGCCAUCGGUUACAAUGUAAACAUUUUCAUGAAAACAACAGGUAACUGGGCAAAAUGUUAAAAACACUGUCCAAUUACAAGCACGAUUUGCACACUGUCCCUUUAAUGCUCAAAUCAGUCUGGUGAACCAAUCACAUUCAAUAAUUUUGUUAUAGUUUUGAGUAAUUGUCUUAUCUCGAAUUUGAACAUGAUUCUUUUCAGAUAGCCAUAUAUCCAUAUUCAUUUUGCACUAUUUUUUUAAAAUUUCCAUUGUUAAUUACUUCACUAUGGUGUGAUUUUCUAGGAGCCAACUUUGACCUUUAGUUCAGGCGAGACAGUAACUGGUAUGCGAACAGUAGGGGCAUAUCUCUCCAGAAUAUCAACUCAAAAACUUCUUGGAGGGUCAGCUCUGGAGAGAGCUCUAGUAGAUCAGUGGAUGGAAUACUGUCAGUCACAUUUGGAAUCUUCUCUGCAGGAUGGAACUCUUACCAAAGGGGCAUUAAGAGUAAGAGUCUUUCUUUCUAAGUGACACACACUGUUGUUUUCAAGUUGGAUUUUUAACCCUUUAACUCCCAGAUGGCAAAAUAUAUCCAUACUUUAUUGAGUGAAAAGGUAUUAAGAUUGAUCAAACUAAUCAGGUAGAAGUUUUUAUCUUGAUCUAACACCAUAUUCCUGUAACUAAUCUAUACGGAAAUUUCUAUACGGAGGGGAGAAUUAACAAUCAGAUCUUGGGAGUUACAAGCUUAAAGUUUCCUCAAUAGUUGACAAAUUUCAAGGGUUCUCAAAAAGAUUGGAAGGGGGCAAAAGAAGAAAAAAUUCAAAGUGUAAUGUGAGUAGAACUUAAAUUAAGCUGUUAGAAAUCACAAAGCAGUUAUAGAUCAAUGGCUAGGUGCCCUCACAAACUGAGAACCCAGCACUUCUGUUAAGUAGUGAUCUUUCAAUCAAGAAUUAUUAACCUGUUUGAUAUUUUUCAUUUUUCUCAUCACUCAUCAUCUUAAUAUUGUAUGGCAAAAUUUUGUCUUUGUCACCCAUGGAGUAAAAGGAUUGAACAAAACCUGAAGGCCAAUCAGGGCAAAAGAGAAUUUGUUAGGAGUCAGUAAGAAUUGGAUAAAACCAGUCCUUCAAAUUUUUACCUUAAAUUAACCAGUUACUUAUUUAUCUUCUUUCAAAACUUUCCAUUUUUCCCUUCACUUUUCCAAUUAAUUUAUUUCAUUUAUUAUUUUUGUCUUUCAAUUGGUAGCAUAAAGCCACUCUUGAUUGUGUUGUGACUGUUAACCCUUUAACUCUCAAGAUCUCAUUAGUAAUUUUCCUUACUGUCUGCCAAAUGAUUCUCACUAUGUUAGUUUGGAGAAUUUGGUAUUGGAUCAAUUAGCAAUCCCAAUUUUUUUUUUAAAUUCAUUACUUGUCUGUGUGAUAUUGCAUAGAUAUUAAAUAGAAAGGAGAAAUUCUGUCUUGGUCACUCACGAGGGUUAAAGAGUUGAGGAUAUAGUAAUCAAGAUCCAACUGCUUAUGUCUUAGUUGAACAUUUUUCCACAGUAUUUGGAUAAAUCUCUGUCUAGAACAGUAUAUCUGGUGGGCUGUCAGUUAACACUAGCUGAUAUCAUGUUGUAUUAUGCACUUCAUCCUCUAAUGCUGGAGCUUAGCAUCCAAGAAAAGGAACAAUUUAUUAACCUUUCAAGAUGGUUUAAUCAGGUAAAUAUUGCUUGUAGUUCACUGAAUUAUCUUACUCCUUGGUCAAGUUCUUACUUAUUUUUCUUUCUUUCAAAUGUAAUUUUCUAUGCCCAAUAUAAAUGAAAUAAAGAAUUCAAAACUGAGUACGAUUUAACCUCAACACAUGCAACAAACUGAUCCCCCCUCCCAUGUUCAGGGUAUUCAUGGCUUGUCUGUCCAGCAUUAAUCAAGUGUUACAAACACAUGCGUGUGUAUCUCCCUUCCAUUAAUAUUAAUGCAAAAUUAAACACCUACUUGAUCAUGACAUGAAUUUGUCUGUAAACAGAGGUAAAAUUUUUCUUUGUCUUGUUCUGGUGUUAUUAAGUCUUAUCAAUUAGUUACAUCAGUCCUUCACUUUAUCAUCAUAUAUCUUUUUUUCAUGAUUAACACAGGUGCAGUAUUACCCUGGAGUCCGACAAUAUUUGCCUGAAGUAUCAUUUCUACGCAACAUGCUCUACAGUUGACAUUGUGGUACAUCAUCUGAUUAUAUGAACUAAUAUGUAUUUUACUGCCAAGACGUAUGCCCUAAUUCCCAAAUGUGUUGCCAAUUAUGACUAAAUAAAUUUAUUACUUAUUCUGUCUUUGAAUACAAUGCUAUUUUGUUUAUUACAGUAGAACUGUAGAAUGAGAAAAAAAAAUGAGUCAAACCCAUCAACAUCAUUUGUUUUGUUUACUUUUAUUGGCAUAUUUCUUUGUGUAGUGUUUUUUUGUCAUAAGUUAUAAAGAAAACAAGUUUUGAUACUACCACUCUUGCAGGGUGAAUAAAUAUGUAUUUACUUCCAGACUGGCAGAACAAUCUCAAAAUUGCAGAUGCAGUGUUAAAUGCAGACAGUGAUAAAUUGUUUGUUUUCUAUGUUAACUUGAUGAAUAUAUUGUUCUAUUUGCUACUUUUUUUUAAAAAUAACUUCUGUUAGAGCUAAAAUGCCAUGCUCGUUCCUAUCUCUACAAAAUUGUACCUUACUUAAAAAUAAUAUGCUACCUAGUUACUUAAAAAUAAUAUGCUACCUAGUUAGCUCAACAGUAUUUUUUUUUUUAAUUCCCUCUCUGGAAUUCUCUUUAAUUUGAGUCUCUUUAUAAGAGUACAAACAUUUUUUAAGGACAUAUAUGUUGUACAUAAAAUAAUCCUUGUACAUCACUUGUAUGCUUUUAACACCACAAUAUACAAAAUAUUGCUCAAAACUACCUGGGCCGAAGUAGGU